CCCAUCUUGGUAUAAAAAGCUCUUCUCAUAUUUGGAGAGCUGCAAAUAUUUUUAAUUAGUUAAGACAGCAAAGGGAGAAGCAGGAUGACAACAAUCUGUAGAGGGGGAUUUUUGUCUUCUUUCAUCCUUAUCUCGUAUAUCGCGAUGACGACCUCAGUGAUGCUUGAUUUAACCGAACAGAAAAACAAAGUGUCCCAGCUCAAGGUGAAUCCCAGAGGAAAUCUUUGGGCAACAGGGCAUUUCAUGGGCAAGAAAAGUGUGGAUAGCUCCUUACUGGAAACUGUCUUCGAGAAUAUUGACGCUCCAUCUGAAGACAGAGAUGUGAAUCCUGUGGCCAGAGUGGAAGAUGUGCAGGCACUGAUCACCAAGAUGCUGAGGGCUGCUCAACAAACAAGAAAACAGACACUGGAAAUAGAAAGAGGAGAUCCAGCUUGAAGAAACCAACUUCUUACCUGUAACAAUACGAGCGCCAACUGAUGAAGAUCAGAGAUAUAUUACUUUUGUCAAGUAAAAAAAGACUAAAAUUUAAGCAAGGUGUUUUUUUCUUGUGAUAUUUAUUGCAUUCCAUUCGUCUUUGUGUUUGUUAUUAAAAAAUAUACCUGCUCCCUUCUUAACAUGCUGUACAUUUCUGUUUCAA